UUGUGUUACCCGGCUGUAGUGUUGUCAUAUCAGCUGUGAAAACGGUGUUAAAAUCAUUUUUGAUGCUAUAUUUAACCGUCAGCGUUAUUUUAGAGUCAUGAGCAGAUAUAUUUUACCGGUUUCUGUUUUUGGGACAGUGUUUGGAGCUGCAGUUUUACUGAAGAACCAUGUGACUGGAGGUCGGUGUCCCAGUAAGGCUACCAUUAAUGGGAAGACUGUGGUUAUAACAGGAGCCAACACAGGCAUCGGGAAGGAGACUGCCAGAGAACUGGCCAAGAGAGGGGGUCGGAUCAUUAUGGGAUGUCGUGACAAGGAGAAGUGCGAGGCAGCUGCGAAAGAGAUUCGAGGGAAGACACUGAAUCCUAACGUUUACGCGUGUCACCUCGACCUGGCUUCUGUGAAAUCCAUCCGAGAGUUUGCAGAGAGAAUCAGACAAGAGGAGAGGCAAGUGGACGUACUGAUAAAUAAUGCAGGAGUCAUGAGAUGUCCAGCAGGGAAGACAGAGGAUGGCUUCGACAUGCAGUUUGGAGUUAACCACUUAGGCCACUUCUUGUUGACAAAUCUUCUGCUUGAUAAGUUGAAAGAGUCCGCCCCCAGCAGAGUGAUCAACCUGGCCUCACUCGCCCACAUCGUUGGAAAGAUUGACUUCGAGGACCUGAACUGGGAGAAGAAGAAGUUUGAUACCAAGCAGGCGUAUUGUCAGAGCAAGCUUGCCAAUGUUCUGUUCACCAGAGAGCUCGCCAAGCGAUUACAAGGCACAGGAGUCACGGUGAAUGCUGUGCACCCAGGCGUUGUUGCCACGGAGCUCGGGAGGCACACGGGUCUGCACCAAUCGCAGUUCUCGAGCUCUGUGCUCAGUCCCUUUUUCUCCCUGUUGGUUAAGAGCCCAGAGCUGGGGGCCCAGCCCAGCGUCUACCUGGCAGUGUCCGAGGAGAUGGAGGGGGUGACGGGAAGGUACUAUGAUGUGAUGACAGAGAAAGAACCGGCGCCCCAGGCCCUGGAUGAGGACGCAGCUCGCAGGCUGUGGGAGGUCAGCAGCAGGCUGGUGGGUCUGGAGGAGGAAGGACAGUCUGGCAACACAAACCCACCAACAGAGGUCCAGAGCAAAGCUGCAGAGACUAUCCCAGCACAGAGACAAGGACAGGGUCCAGGACCAGCUGUCAGUGCUGUGGGGCAGUAGGGCCGCUCUGGCCUCUGGGCCAGCAGGGAAUAAUGGACCUUUAUGGCUUUAGCUGUGCCAGGCUUGUUGGAACAAUUAACCGUCUGAGGCUGUGAGUCUGGUUGUCUGUGUAAAGGCAGGCUUUUGUUCAUGCCUUUAUGUUCCUGCAUCAGGAUAUUUUCUGUAAAACAUGUCAACCUUUGA